UUUUGUUUCAGCAAACUUACAGUCACCAACAUAGUUCAUAGUCUAAGAUAUUUGCAAUGAGGAGUAAUGAAGGUAUUCUGCCUACAAGUUCGAAGUUCAUGUACAUGACCAAUAAACCACUUAAUUGGCAAGCACCAAGUGAAACAGAAUCCAUGAUUACAAAAUGGUCAGUCUGGAUUAAUAGAGCCCAAUUUGGUGGUUAUUUGCUCAGUAUCUUAGGAUGGAUCCUGUGUAUUACCUCAACAGCCACCGAUUACUGGAGAUUAUGGCAUGUUAAAAGUAAGGACAACUUGUAUCCUGGCUUGUUAUGGAUUGGAAUCUGGAGAGCCUGUUAUCUGCACAGCACUCAUCCACAAAACAGAUAUGUCCACUGUGAGGAAUUCACUGAAGACCUGAAGAAGCUGCCCAAUGAAAUUUUUCUGGCUCAAGAUCUGUUGAGCUUGUGUUGCAUUGUGGGAGCUGUGGGGAUAACUUUCAUGAGCUUUGCCUUGUGGAAUGUUGUCAGAGCCAUAACACACAAAACUUUUUUGCUCACUCUUUUUAACGUUGGAGGCCUCAUGAACUUCCUAACAGGAAUCAUAAUCUUAAUUCCCAUUGCUUGGAACAGUUAUUCCAUCUUGAUUAAUGCAGACAUCAUGUUUCCUGAGUCUUUCAAUAUGCCUACUUCUCCAGUGUACCAGGAGAUUGGAGCUGCUAUUUAUAUUGGCUAUGUUUCUGCACUUUUAUUAAUAGUGAGUGGUGUUAUGAUCAUGUGCAAUAAACGUGUUUUUCAAAGCCGUCGAGAAAAUCUUGUUUUAUCCCCAGGAAUUGGAUCGCUGGCAACAAUUGACAUGUGUGGAAAUAUUGGUUCUUCUGGGACAAUCGACCAACGACAUAAAGAGGAGCCUGAGCUCCUCCGGCCUGAUGCGGUAACAUCUGUGCAUCGUGUAGAUAUAAAGAAAGAGUCUGUACAAUCAAUGCAACAGCAACUGCUUGAGGAUGCUAAGGAGGUCCCUAUUGUAUUAGUUACUCCAUAUGUGGUCGAAUCCCAGGUUGAAGGUGAGGAGGCAGUGAAGAGGCUGGACAGCACAGAAUCACAUCCAAGGAGGAAGCAUCACCGACCAGACUAGGAAAGGCUUUUGUGCUGGUGCCAAAGAUCUAUCUAUUUCUGUCUGUCCUGUCCUGUCCUGUCUGUCUAUCUAUCUAUCUAUCUAUCUAUCUAUCUAU